AUGACGUCAUAUAUUGGUAUGUUAUGGGUUCUGCAAUAAUAAGUUUCACAUCCAAACGUUCUCCCAAAGCCGACGACACGGAAGCUUACCCCGUAGGCAAGAGAUAAAACCGUCUCUUAAAACCUGUGGGAAAGCUUUUCUAGUAAAUACUGCGCCUUCAACCACCUGUCAGUUGUUCAAAAAUGGAUUUUACCAGAAGCUCUCCUCAGGGGUAUGAAGACGAUGAUGUGUCAAGCAUAUCCAAAGAUUUCGUGCCAUCUCGCCCUGUCUCCCUUUAUGGAAAAUCGAAAAAGAUUAAGGUUGGAUUUUGCGAAAUUCGUCUAUUCUGGGCAAACUUGUUAUUUGCUUUUGUCGCCGUAGCCGGCCAAGUCGGUCAGAAUGUGUCGCUUCCACUCUGGAUCGACUCCGUAAAUGGAAAUCAUUCGGGAAAAUCAGUCGACAGUUACUUUGUGCUGUCUUUUGCGAGUUUGUCGUUUGUCAUAAUAUUUGGACUGGGAACGUUGUUCGUUAAAAUCUUUUCGCCUCAACAUCUCGGAGAAACGGAAAAACGUUUUCCACACCUUCUGCUCUUUUUGGUUGGCCUGUGUGACGCUUUAAACGGAGCUCUGGUUGUAUUCGCGAGUAAAGGGUCAAGAACACCGCCAUACCUUCAAGCGAUUCUUGGAAACUUCCUGAUCCCUUUGACUAUUUUAUUCAGGUGAGUAAAUGUUCUGUAAUUGAGUUUGAUGACUUCCUGUCCAAAUUAAAGGGAGACAGAACGCUAUGCAGUUGGCUGUAACGCACACCUGAUAAUCGCUAUUGUGCAACAGCAUAAUUGAAGCGAAAGAUGAUGCAAUCCAGCUAAUGACACAGGCAUACUCGGACAAAAAAACUUCGAGAGCUCUCGACUGGGGUUUCGGUUGUUCUUCCACUUACUUUUAGGAGACUUUAUAGGUCUGUGGUCACAAACUGCAUUUUUCUAGGAUAAGAAUGUCCAUAUGUGAAGGCUUCAAAUAUUUACCAUCUUCAGCUGCAUCAUCAAAGUAUUAUCGAGUUGUAGGUGUGACAAGUUUUCCUUUGUAUUGCAUUUCAGUACUAGCUUAUGUGACCUUUUUUUUGUUUUGUUAAUUCCUUGCGAUGACACGAAAAAACUGGUACUGGUUUGAUUUGUUUCGAACAAGGCACAAUUUGCUGGAAGGGAACUGUCGCAAGGACUUAUUUCCACAGAAAUUUAAUGUGAAGCUUUUAUUUGAACUAUCUCCUGGCAAUCAAUUUGAACAAGGAAUUUUGGACUUCAAAAAUAGGUUUCGCAAUAUCAGAAUAUAUAGCGUAGAAUAACACCUCCGCCCUCCCUCCACCCCCUCCCCCUCACCCCCCUCUCCCUCUACACCCCCCACCCUCCGCGCGCCCUAUUACUCAUCAACACUGCUGUUGAUUUUUUUUCCUGAAGGUUGCUGAUUGUUCGAAAGAAGCCCACCCUGCUGAAGUUGUCCUGUGGCGUCAUCGUGGUUGUUGGUCUUUUCAUUUGCCUCAUCCCAACAAUUUUUCCCGAAGUUGAUCCCAAAGCCGAAAAAAGAAAAAACGAUGCUCAGGGUGUUUCCAGAGUAAUGUGGCCCAUAAUUUUCAUGCUUGGCUUCGUAAGUGGGACUCAACGUCAAAAAAAGUCGGAUUGCAAUAGUACUAUUUCAAUUUUCUGUUAUCUAGGCGAGCAAUGCAAAAUGGUUUGAUUCUCGCUAGCUUAACAAGAUCAUAAUUUGACUUAAAUGGUAUGUGCUAUACCCCUCACUCCUUUGUCGACCACAAUUAAUUAUGUAACGUCAUCUCGAAUUUUAAAAAGCGGUAUUCAGCCCAGGUGAUGAAGAUACACAAACUUAUCAUCAAAUUCUCUUGGCUGUUUCACAAGAAAAUGUGUAACAACUAGAAAAGAGAAUUUCUCGGCCGAUCUUGGUUGUCAGUGGGUCUCGCUGAUAUAUUUGGUUUUACUCUUUAGGUUCCAGCAGCCGUUAUGAACGUGAUCGAAGAAAAGGGAGUGAAGAUGGAAAGUCAAUCCUCAAAGAAAGGCAUCAACUUGUUGUAUUUCCUAUUUUGGACGUCUUCUUAUCAGCUACUCUGUGUGGGACUUUUGUUUUGGUUGGACAUUCUGCCGUGGUAUGGAAAUGUUAGCAAUAUCCAAGAGUUUGGGGAAAAGUGAGUUUUCGUUGAAUUCUCUCUUUUUUCUUAAUAGCUGUUUAACUGAAACAAGAUUUGACAUCAUAAAACUUUAUGCCAGGCUUAUUUGCAAAUCUACUGAUUCACCCCGGUUCUGAAGCGACCAAAAUAACUGCCUCUCUCUGUGGUUGGAAAGUUCGUGCUUUUCGGGUUGCCCCUUGAUAACUUGCUCAGAUUGUUUGUCGGUAUCCAUUAAUAAAUAUUCUUGAGUGGAGAGUGGCAGUUUGGGAGUUAAGUCUUGACCUGUCACAUCUUCAAAAUGCUGACCUAGCCAGAGACCGAUUGCAAAACCUUUUACUCAACCGAAUUUAUGUGUUAUUUCUAGUUGGUGGUUUGGAGUUCAAUGCUUCUUUGGCGCCGCAGGUUGUGACUCCACUUCAGGGACCAGAGGAACUAUAUUUAUUCUCAUGUACGUUUUAUCCUAUGUUGGUGGAGCCAAUCUACUGAGACACGCCGAGGGAGCCACUUGGCUGGCUAUUGUCACGGUAAGUGAACUAUUUGAUACUCAUGCUCUAGGCAUUUUUCUCGUCUAGCUAGACAUGCAGAUUAAAUCAAAUGCUCAACAUUUGUAGAACAGGUGCAUUCGAGUACGAGUAUACUUUGAUUGUGUGCCGUAAGAUAAAAACAAUUAAACAAACAGCCAAACAAAACGAUGAUAAAAGUUACCAGGGACAAGUGAGAGCCCAAAGUCAAAACGAGCACAUUUUUGAAGCGCGGAAUAUUAAUGCGAGUGAAAAUGUUGUCACCGGUUUGAGUUUCACAUAUGGUAGGUUGAGAAGAUGUACGUGACUAUCCAGAGCUAUCACGGAGUUAAAUGAGGCCAUACCCAGCGCCAUACAACACCACUACUCCAGGGAGUGGUAUAAGAGGCAGACUCUCAUAGCAGAUAGGAGGGAUUAGUUAAAUAGAUAGUGGAUAGAUAAAUGGAUAAACUAAAAAGUAGCCAGUAAGGAAAAACUCCUCACAAGUAAACACUGGUGAUGACGCAAUUUUAUUUACAUAUCCUGUAGUCACUCGUCACCCCGCUGGGAUUCAUUUUUUGGACGUUGUUCGACGAAUCACCAUUCAAAUGGCACCCUGCAGGUCACGUGAGCACCUGGUUCAGUAUCGGCGCGUUAGCGAUAAUGGUUCCCGCCAUUUUUGUUUACAACAUGGGGUAAGGAAAGAUAUCAACCGUAUCUAUAGAAUAAAAUGCUGUGUCGUCCUCUGGAUUUUUAGCGUUUUUAACGCGGCGUUUAUCAGAGGGCAGCGGAUAUGAAAAGCAAUCAAAGCAGUCCUUGUCAUGGACGUAGGUCAGUUAUUUAAACGUAGGUUACUAAAUUCGAUUCUUCUCCCCCUCCCCCCUGUGCCUGUCCCUUCCCCUUUGUGCCUGCCCCUUCCCCCUUGUUCCUUUCCCUCCCCCCCUGUGCCUGCCCCUUCCCCCCUGUCCCCCUACCCUCAUCAUGUAACGACAUAAAUAUUUGCGGAACCAAAACCCCUGGUUCUUGAUUGAUGAUUUGUUUGAUAAUUUAGCACAUUAAGGAAUCCUUUCACGAGUUUCUAACAAUGUCUUUCUUCUUAUUUUUCACUUUAGUGCACCAGAGAUUUCGAUGAACGGGAAUCAAAGUGAGAAGUUUUAUCACCCCGAUUCUACUGACCGGUAUCAGUCAACAUUUGGAUCAAACCGACUUCUUGUCCCAGAGGGCAGACAUCCUCCGAGCUCUUACACUUAAAGGACUUAUGAAAAAAACUGUAUUCAUUAGACCCGCGCUUCAUCAUUGCAAAUGUAAGACAAAGGGACAAAAACCUUGAGGCUGUUUCACAAGAUUUCUUGUAAACAGCACCCAAUACAGUUUAUCCGAAAAAAGGGAUAAUAUAAUGGAUUAAUAGCAGACAUAGCAUGUCAAAUUUUUCCAGAGUAGGAAUUAGUAUGGAGAAUGAAUCUUUCUUCACACACCGUUAUAAGAUUUUCUUUAAACACCAAAGUAGAAAGGCCAAUUUAACAUACAGAGAUAGUAAAAUUGAUCAAAAACUGAAAAAACAAUGAUUUUAAAGCGAUUAAUUUUGCUCGAGCAGACUACAAUUUGGUGCAGAUGAGAUGACGAUCAAUUGAUUAAAAAAGAGGUUACGGAGAAUUUAUAACAUAUGUAUAACUGCAUGUGUUGUUCUUAAAACAUAGAAAAAAUUGCUUUCCAAGGUCAGCGUUAAGUGUAAUCAAUAAAUUUCCCCUGCACAAUCGUAUUGAUGUUGUAUUAUCAGUUUCUUGGCACGUCAAAUACACCUUAAAAUUAUUCACAUACUUUCAAGGGUAGGUAGAACGCACACGAGAAUCAUGGACAGUAAAUCCUUCUUUCGUCCGGCGUUAUGAAUAAAGUAAUAACUAAAUGAGUUAAUUGAAACAUGCAGAACUCCCAUGUCAGAAUUCACGGAUGGACUGCGUUACACG